UGAUAGUACAAGGGAAGUGGAGGAGGAGGAGGACGUGGGUUGAGAAGCGUCGCGUGCUGCUGCGGCUAUAGGUCAUUAAGGCGCGCGGUUUGUUCGUUGCUGAACAGACGCAGAUCGGUGUGUGAAUGAGAGUUCUAGGCGGAGAGAGAGAGACGACAAUGAUCCGUAACUGGUGUGUCUGCGUGUGAGAGGAGAGAAGAGGAGCGGGAGUUGGAGAGACAGCGAGAGACAGACAUGGAGGACUCGGAGCCUGGUGGGGAAGACGGUAUGGUCAGCGGCUGGCGGUGGAAUAAUCGGAACACCGGCGCUCGAGACCAGGUUCAGCUCAGGCAGAAGAUCCGGGAUUUACCAGGACUGUUGAAACAUGGACUGCACCUACGGAAGAAAAGCCAGUCACCUGAUACCAUCCCUGGACCCAGCACAAGCCCUACUGUUCACAAGUCCUGCUCCCAGAGUUUCCCUUGUGCAGGGCGUGCGGUGAGAAAUGCUUUCCUGUCUAAUGGGCCCUACCCUGCUAAAGACAAGAUUCACCUCGCCAGGAUCAUAAGGCGUAGCUACGUGGGUGUAGACCUGGUUCAGUGGCUGUGUGAGCAGUGUGUGUACGUGCGCUGUCGGAGCAUGGCUGUGCGUGUCUGGCAGGUCUUACUGGAGCUGGGCAUCCUGCUGUCUGUGGACCAGCGCGUGGUGUUUGGGGACUCUAACUCCUACUACCAGUUCAGCUUUGAGGAGUGUGAGUCUGCAGCCUGCGAGUUCUGCGGCCUGGAGAAGGAGGCGUGGCCAGAGGCUGUUAGGCUCCUCCUACAGCUUGUCCCAUACGUCCAGUUCAGAACUGGGUCUGAGGAGGACUCAGAGGGAAACAGAGAUGUCUGUGGGGACAGCUUUCUCCAGAUGAAAGCAUUAGAUAGGCUCACCUCCACGGUGCAGAAUGAGUUGGCUGUUGCUCUCGCCCGCAAGGCUCGCAAAGCCAUGGCAGAGCAGGGUGGCCCAAAGUCACCAGACGCCAUCCCCCGGGAGACACCCACACCCAGCGACGAGAACACUACGCCCCCCUCCUUACAGCUGGGGGGGUGUUCGCUCCGCGGCAACGUGGGGAGUGUGUGUGUGCGGCCGGACGGUGUGUGUGGCCGUGAGGAGCUGACCAGACUAGAGCUGGUCCAGAGACUGGCUAAGGACGGCUGCAGACUGCUGCAGAACCAGAACUAUAGAGUACCAGACCACCGCAACCCCACUGGAGAGGUGGUAGGGAGGGUGUGUCUUAAGGAAAGGGGGCGGGAUGUCCUUGUGCUACAGAGAGUGCCAUCAUCAGUGACAUCAUCCCCUAAUCCCGCCUCAUCGCCAUCAGGGGGAGGAGCAAGAGAAGAAGAUGGGGAGAAGAGGUAUGUGGUGGUGUCUGGAACACCACUGAAGAUUCUAGAACACCUGCUGAGUGACCUACGACUGGACGACCAGAGAGGAACGCCAGAGAGCAAAGAGUCUGAGAUGCUGCUGGAUGACUUCCUGUUGACGUACCUGGUGUUCAUGACGACCAACGACCUCUGUCAGGCCCUGCUCGGACACUACAGCAGUAAGAGCGUGCGUCAGGAGGAAGGGAAGGAGGCCCUCUAUAGGAAGAGGAAGGUAUUACACCUGGUCUCUCACUGGACACGCCUAUAUAAGGACUUCCUACGAGAGGACGAACACAUCAAGACAUUCAUGAAGACUCUCUCUAGGUGUGUGUUAGAGGAUCUUUAUGAGUUUCCAUCUCUGGAGAAAGACAUGAAGGAGUUCCAGAAGCUUCUACGACGCAGACACACUGUGGAUGAAUGUCCUCCACAGCAAAAGAGUAAACCAAUGUUCCAGCAGCUCAGUUUGAAGGAGAACAGUCUUCCGCUCCGUUCCCCUCAGGUUGACACCAAGGAGGUGUUGUGUCGUGUGUAUGUGAGUGCUGACUCCUACUUGUGUGUUUACACACACUCUUUGCUGAGCGUCGCAGAGCUGCUGAGGGUUGUGGGUCAGAAGAUGGACCGACCAGAAGAGGACAUGGUGCUGGUCACACACACGCACACUGGAGAGAGGAGGGUGUUACAGGCUGGUCAGUGUGUGUAUUCUGAGACUCUGACGCCACAGAGCAAACUGAUGGUCUGUCAGAGGGACCUCACACAUAUUAUGGCCCCUCUAACAGACAGUGAGCUGAGUAGGAGAACAGUGAGGUUGCUGGGUAUCAACACCUGGGAUAUGGCUGCUGCUCUCACACAACUGGACUGGAACCUCUUCAACUACAUACACGAGCAGGAGUUGGUGUAUUCCACAAUGAGCUGUAGUACCGGAGGCAGCCACCGGGAGGGGCUGUCUGUAUUACUGCAACGCUGUAACGAGGUCCAGCAGUGGGUCAUGUCUGAGGUCCUGAUGUGUGUGUCGCUCAACAAACGAGUCCAGCUGCUCAAGAAGUUCAUCAAGAUCGCAGCGCACUGUAAGGCCCAGAGGAACCUGAACUCAGCAUUUGCCAUCAUCAUGGGACUAAACACUGCAGCUGUCAGUAGACUCAAUAUAACCUGGGAGAAGGUUCCGGGGAAAUUCAAGAAGAUUUUCUCCGAACUGGAGUUGAUCACAGACCCGUCUCUGAACCACAAAGCCUACAGAGAUGCCUUCAAGAAGAUGAAGCCUCCUAAGAUCCCUUUCAUGCCCCUGCUGUUGAAAGACAUCACCUUCAUCCACGAGGGAAACAAAACCUUUCAGGACAACCUGGUGAACUUCCAGAAACUGCACAUGAUCGCCGACAUAGUGCGUCUGAUUCGCCACUGCCAAAGCGACCAACUGGGUAACGAGGUGGUGGGCAGCGACAAUCCUGAGGUCAGGGCGAGUGUUCACCACUUACACAUCAUCGACAAUCAACAGACACUCUUUCAACUGUCACACAAACUGGAGCCACGCGCCUGAACACACACACUCCCAGAGGAACUUUUGACCUCCACAGAACCACAGAAAAUACACUUCCUGUAUCAAAGGUGCCAUGCGAGCCACUGUCUCUCAGCCAAUCACAGUUCAACAUCCUGAAAUAGCCAGCCAACCACACUUCAGAAGACUGAUUCAGCCAGCCAACCACAGAGCUGCACACUGAGGAGGCGUUCAGACUGAAAAUGAAUAUCUGGCAAAACCUAAAUUCAGAUUGUUUUUCUAUGAGGGGCAAACGUUGACGGAUGAGAAAGCCUUUGAAGAGGACAGGCAGCCAUUCAUUAUUGUUCUGUGGUGAAUACAGUCGUUAAGCUACUCUCCAGUUACUGAGACUGCGUGUUGUUCUGUUUCUGCUCUGAAAUGAACAGUCGGUUUCACUGUAUUUGAGGAUCGUCGGCAGGGAAACGGUCAUGUGACUGCAGAUAUUAAUGGAUGGUAUAAAUGUACAGUGUGUGUAUAUAUGGACAGAGUAGACAUACAGUAGAUGUGUACUGUGUGUGUUCAGGUCACAUGGUGAGCCUCUGGAUGUUGCCAAAUGCCCAGAUGGGAAAGAGAUGCCAUAUUGGGCUAUACACACGCACGGCUUUUCACAUGUCUCCAUAGUAACAACAACAGCCUGGUCCUGCCAUACCAUCAAAGGUCAUAACAUUACACAUUGUUAUUAGAUGUUAUAACAUGGUAUUAUAGAGAGUUAUUAUAUUGUUGUUACACUUUUACUGACUGAAGAGAUUGUUCUGUUAUUUCAAUGCCUGUUACACACAGAUUUCACGAAGCAACAUGGCCUGGGUUCAAUCCCAGCCAAUGCAUUUUACACUGAUCUAGAACAUUACCCCGUUAAGGCUUGGCGUAGUCACACUGACUGAUCUAGAACAUUACUCUGUUAAGGCUUGGCAUAGUCACACUGACUGAUCUAGAACAUUACUCUUAAGGCUUGGCGUAGUCACACUGACUGAUCUAGAACAUUACUCUUAAGGCUUGGCGUAGUCACACUGACUGAUCUAGAACAUUACUCUUAAGGCUUGGCGUAGUCACACUGACUGAUCUAGAACAUUACUCUGUUAAGGCUUGGCGUAGUCACACUGACUGAUCUAGAACAUUACUCUGUUAAGGCUUGGUGUAGUCACACUGACUGAUCUAGAACAUUACUCUGUUAAGGCUUGGCGUAGUCACACUAGUACAUGCACAUGUAUCUACAGUAUUCAGGUGUUUAGGAGCAGGGCAGCACUGCUAUAGGACUAUUUAUUGUGAUAGUGACUGUAUUUAUGUUUCUCUAAAGGAGACAGACUGUGACGGUCCUGUGUGCCAGAUGAGACGGCAGCUGUAUAAAGACAAUAAUAAAAGUGUAAAGCUAUACAGGGUAACGGUGAGAUGUGUAAAGAUAGUGAACUGUGUAUACAAAGGUUUGAAGUUGGAGCUGAAAUGCUGAAAUGUUUAAAACAGGAGACAAGGAAAUGAUUGUUACUGUCCUGUGUGAUGUCAAAAUGGGGGGAGGGGCGACAGAGGAAAAAAAUAACCAAUGAAAAAGAGAGUUUUGUUGUUGUUUUCUUGCCGUGGUCAUGACGAUGUAAAGUUCUGUUUUAAAGAAUGUUGUUGUGUUUGCAUGACGUGACGACCCCAUGAGAUCACAAUGCAAGACCACUGAUCCUAUUCUAUAAUGCCCUACGUUUGACCAGAACCCAUGUGGCCCUGGUCAGAGUAGUGUACUAUAUUAUAGGGAAUUAGGGAGCUCUGGUUAAAAGUAGUGUACUAUAUAAGCCAGGGAAUAGUGUGCCAUUUCAGAUUUGCUAUAAGGCUUUAUUCUUCUGUAAUAUUGUUGACUUGUUAAUAUGGAUAAUGUUAUUACUAUAAUGUAGGGUUUCCCAACCCUUUCCUCAGGUACUGGCAAAUAUUUCACAUUUUAGUUUUAACCCUAAUCUGCCAACCACAUUCAGUUAGUCAACUAAUCAUCAAGCCUUUAACUAAUUGAAUCAGGUAUGCCAGUUCAGGGUUAAAUGUGAAACGUUUAGGGGAGGCCAGAGAAAAUAGAUGGGAAACACUGCUAUAAUGUUAUUAUUAUUAUUAUUAUUUUAUUAUGAUGUUUGAGAUGUUAUUAUUUAUCUGUUUAAAAGUAGACUCCCCAAUAUGACAUCAUAAAGGAGCGGGUCAACUGCUUAUAGCAACAUCAUCAUCAACAGAAUUCAAUGCUGCCACUAUUGGCUCUGCAACUAUUGUCUCCAAAUUGUGCCCUCCCUUGAGGAGAUAUGAAUUCUGUUGUUGUUUUUGUUAUUGUUUCUGUUUCCCCGCUGUAUAUGAUGCCAUAUUGCUGAGUGUACUUUUAGGGAGAAGAGAAACACAGAGCAAUAUGCCCCUAACUGCUGAAGCCACUCGUCUUUUCUAAAGAGCGUUUUACCACAUCAAAGUUUUACUUGAGAUGAUGAAUAAAUUAUAGGUUUUAUGUCAUAUUAAA